GUAAUCUCUACAUAAGCACUGGCUGAGAUGGCAGAAGCUUCUGCGGAUGCCUCUACUCUGCCCGUAACAGUGAAGAAAAAGAAAAGCCUAUCCAUUGAGGAAAAGAUCGACAUCAUAAAUGCAGUGGAAAGUGGCAAGAAAAAAGCAGAGAUUGCUGCUGAAUAUGGAAUAAAGAAAAAUUCAUUGUCUUCUAUUAUAAAGAAUAAAGACAAAGUUCUAGAAGCCUUUGAAUCUCUAAGAUUUGAUCCAAAGAGAAAAAGACUGAGAACUGCUUUUUAUACAGAUCUGGAAGAGGCAUUAAUGAGGUGGUAUCGAAUUGCUCAGUGUCUAAAUGUACCAGUUAAUGGUCCAAUGUUACGUCUAAAAGCUAAUGAUUUUGCCCAGAAACUGGGCCAUAAUGAUUUUAAGUGCAGUAAUGGUUGGCUGGAUCGUUUUAAAUCCAGGUAUGGUUUAGUAUUCAGAGCUCAACCUGUAGAAGCUACAGGUGUAUCAGUAGACCCUUCGACUGUCUGGUACCAAAAUGUACUUCCUUAUUAUUUAAAUGAUUAUCAUCCUAAAAAUGUUUUUAAUAUAAAAGAGACUGGGCUGCUUUAUCGAAUGUUACCUACCAAUACAUUUGCAUUUAAAGGUGAAACAUGUUCAGUUGGAAAGUUAUGCAAAGACAGAAUAACUCUGGUGGUUGGCACAAACAUGGAUGGCUCAGAGAAACUUCCUUUGCUUGUCAUUGGAAAAAAGAGAAAUCCACAUUGUUUCAAAGGUUUAAAAUCAUUGCCUGUGUGUUAUGAAGCUAACAGAAUGGCAUGGAUGACCUCAGAUGUAUUUGAACAAUGGAUGCGAAAGCUUGAUGAGAAAUUUCAAGCCCAGCAACGAAGAGUGGUGAUUUUUGUUGAGUCUUUUCCAGCACAUCCAGAGGUAAAGAACCUGAAGUCCAUUGAGUUAGCAUUCUUUCCAUCAUGUUUAUCUUCCAAAUGUAUAGCUAUGAAACAAGGCAUUAUUAAAAGCCUUAAAAUGAAAUAUCGACACUGUCUUAUCAAGAAAUUUUUAAGCUCUGUUGAAGGUAGCAAAGAAUUUACAUUUUCACUGCUAGAUGCAGUUGAUACAUUGCAUCUUUGCUGGAGGGCUGUAACCCCAGAGACUAUUGUUAAAAGCUAUGAAGAGGCAGGAUUCAAAUCUCAAAAAGGAGAAAGUGACGUAACAAGUGCAGAGAAGGAUACUGGUCUGGAUUUGGUUGCUGAUGCUCUGGGGGCAGGAGUAGAAUUUCCUGAAGGUUUAUCUAUAGAAGAGUAUGCUGCCCUGGAUGACGAUUUGGAGACGUGUGAAGCAGCACCAAAUGGUGAUUCCGUAUGUACCAAAGAAAGUAAAUCAGAUGAAACUGGAUUUUACACUUCUGAUGAAGAGGAUGAUGAUGGAUCUCCAGAAACUGAACUCCCUUUGCCAUCAAAAUCUGAGGCAAUAACUGCUUUAGAUACUCUGAAAAAAUUUCUUAGAAGUCAAGAUAUGAAUGACGGACUUCAAAAUUCUUUAGCAGACCUUGAAAAUUUUAUUAACUCUUUAUCACCUAAGUAACUAUGUAUUGUGUAUCUGAAGAGUAAUAGCUUUUCCUGAUACAUUUUAUUAUAUAUGGUAUGUAAAGGAGUUACGCCACAUUGCCU